ACCUCUCCGUCACCACCGGCAUCAUCAUCGAACUCGGAUGGAAUCGUGGCUGACUGUGUGGUGUGCGGUGACAAAUCCAGCGGCAAACAUUAUGGACAGUUCUCGUGCGAGGGCUGUCCAUCAGACGUUCACUUUCGUACACAUGUCGAGGUUCGAAGAACUUGCCCCGUUGACGUGAACCACAGAAAUCAGUGCCAAUUCUGUCGACUGAAGAAGUGCGUCAAAAUGGGUAUGAGAAGGGAAGCAGUUCAACGUGGAAGGCUACACAAUGGACCACCAUUUCUCAGCUAUCUCUUCCCAUCACCGUUCAUGCCACGACCGCCUCUCCCAUUCUUCCAUCCGCUCAUGAUGAACUUUGCCAACACAACUGAAACUGUGUCUCGCCUAAUCGAACCAGAUAUUCCGUCACUGAAUGAGCCAUUAAAAGUGGAAACAGCUCAGGAGAAGAUACAAGCGUCUCUCGACGAAUACUGUAGGACUCAGAAACCCCAUCAGGUGAGCAGUAGUUGA